CUGGAGCCCAGUCCUCACCGGAGCGCUCCACGGCACAGCAUCCCAACUCCAGCACAGCAGCGGGAAUGGGGGACCCCUCCUUGCCCUCCCUGCAGCAGGAAUGAAACGAGGGGCAGGUGACUGCAGAGCAUCCCGAGCUGCGCAUCCAGCCCUGUCCAUGGCUCCUCCAGCACUUGCUGAUGGUGGGAACACACAGAGCACCCUGUCACAGGUCCCCUGUGGUGGUUUUCCCUGCUGAGCCUCCUCGCCCACCAGCAUCUCAGCUCUUUGAUUCACCCGGUCCCUCCUGGGGGCUUUGCUGGGCCCAUAGGGGACACCGCCAGAGGGAGCAUGGGGAGACUGCCCCAUCGCAUCACCCCCCUCAUUGCGUGGUGCUUCCUCACCUUCCAGGCAGCUGCCUGCCUCCAGGAGCAGCCCCGCAGCCACGCUGAGGAGCGUCUCUUCAAGCACCUCUUCACUGGCUACAACCGCUGGUCGCGGCCGGUGCCCAACACCUCUGAUGUGGUCAUUGUCAAGUUCGGGCUCUCCAUUGCGCAGCUCAUCGACGUGGAUGAGAAGAACCAAAUGAUGACCACAAAUGUCUGGCUGAAGCAGGAGUGGAGUGACUACAAACUGCGCUGGGACCCGGCUGAAUUUGACAACGUCACCUCCAUCCGGGUGCCCUCUGAGAUGAUUUGGAUCCCUGACAUCGUGCUCUACAACAAUGCUGACGGGGAGUUUGCUGUGACCCACAUGACGAAGGCCCACCUCUUCUCCAGUGGGACGGUGAAGUGGGUGCCACCCGCCAUCUACAAGAGCUCGUGCAGCAUCGAUGUCACCUUCUUCCCCUUUGACCAGCAGAACUGCAAGAUGAAGUUCGGCUCAUGGACCUAUGACAAGGCCAAGAUUGAUCUGGAGAACAUGGACCAUCACGUGGACCUCAAGGAUUACUGGGAGAGUGGCGAGUGGGCCAUCAUAAAUGCCAUCGGCACCUAUAACUCCAAGAAGUACGACUGCUGCACCGAGAUCUACCCUGACAUCACCUUCUGCUUCGUCAUCCGUCGCCUCCCGCUCUUCUACACCAUCAACCUCAUCAUACCCUGCCUGCUUAUCUCCUGCCUGACCGUGCUAGUCUUCUACCUGCCCUCCGACUGCGGGGAGAAGAUCACCCUCUGCAUCUCCGUCCUGCUGUCCCUCACCGUGUUCCUGCUGCUCAUCACGGAAAUCAUCCCCUCCACCUCACUGGUCAUCCCCCUCAUCGGAGAGUACCUCCUCUUCACCAUGAUCUUCGUCACACUCUCCAUCAUCAUCACCGUGUUCGUCCUCAACGUGCACCACCGCUCCCCCAGCACCCACACCAUGCCGCGCUGGGUGCGCACCUUCUUUCUGGACUUCAUCCCUCGCUGGCUCUUCAUCAAGCGUCCCCCGGUGCUGCCUCCCCCCGAGGGGCCCGUGGGGCAGUACGACCUCCCUGGGACGAGGCUCAGCACCUCCCGGUGCUGGCUGGAGACCGAUGUGGAUGACAAGUGGGAAGAAGAGGAGGAGGAGGAGGAAGAGGAGGAAGAGGAGGAGAAGACGUACCCCAGCCACAUAUCCCAGGCGGGGUCCCACACCCAGGUCAACCAGUGCUGCUAUAGCUGUGGGCAACAAGCCAGGAAGACACCAGGGGGGUUGCCCCCCCGGGUGCCCCCCAAGAGGGAGGAGGAGCAGGAGGGCUCGGACCAGGGGCUGCUGCUGUCCCCCAGCAUCCUGAAGGCCCUGGAAGGGGUGCAGUACAUCGCGGACCACCUGCGAGCAGAGGAUGCUGACUUCUCGGUGAAGGAGGACUGGAAGUACGUGGCCAUGGUGAUCGACCGCAUCUUCCUCUGGAUGUUCAUCAUUGUCUGCAUGCUGGGCACUGUGGGGCUCUUCCUCCCACCCUACCUGGCAGGGAUGAUCUAGGGCUGGGCCAGGCUGCGGUGGGGAUGGCAGAGAGUGGUGCCCGCAUCCAGCCUGACCCUGGGAGGACACGGUGGC